AUGGCAUCCGAGGGAGACGAAGUACCGGCGCUUUGGAAGGUCAACAGGACCAUGCAUGAGAUGAUCAAGGACCGGGGUUACGCUGUGUCUGACGACGAAAUAAACAUGUCUCUCGACGAUUUCCGUAAUACAUACGCGAGUCAGACUGGAUCCAUCGACCGGUCACAACUCAACUUCUUCACAAAUAUGCACAAUAACCCUACGAACCAAAUCUUCGUCUACUUCACUGAGGAGAAGAGUGUCGGCGUGAAGACCAUGAGAAAACUGGUCACAGCUUUGGAGGAUAAGAAGAUUCAAAACGGCAUCAUCGUCUUCCCCGGUACUAUGACCCCGUCUGCGCGCAAAGUCAUCAAUGGUCUCCCGCGUUUCAGGCUGGAGGAGUUCUCGGAGCAGGACCUGCUUGUUAACAUCACACAUCACAAGCUUGUACCAAAACACGAAGUGUUGACUGCCGAGCAGAAGAGGAUCUUAUUGGAGCGAUACCGUUUGAAGGAGACACAACUACCUCGUAUCCAAGUCGGCGACCCCAUCGCGCGCUACUACGGUCUCAGGCGAGCACAAGUAGUCAAAAUUACUCGGCCAUCCGAGACGAGCGGUCGUUACGCCAGCUACCGCAUAUGCUUCUGA